CUGACUAGAAGCACAUGACCAGGCAUGUUUACACCUGCAGUGACCGACAGACACACAGCUCCAACACUUACCGUGCCACUGACAGGGAAGCAUAUUGUUUAAACCGAGAUAAGAAGCAGUAUUUUCGCGAGAGGUCAUUGUUUAGCGGACGCUCACUGGGACUUGGCAGGUCCAGGCAGCCUCUGCCCACCUGUACCCUGAGACGGAAGCUACAUCCUCGGCCACAGGCUCCAGGACCAGCCCCCGGCUGUCCACCAUGGACAAGACAGAUGUGGAACAGGUCACCCUGGCUCUACUUGAUGCAGCCACUGAUAAAGACUCAGUGGUCCAGGAACAGGUCAGAAAGUCUAUGUUGACCCUAGGAAAACAGCAGCCAGACAGAGUGUUAGCCAUGUGCCAGGACUACCUUCUGAAACACCCAAAGUUGGUUGUGAGUCACAGAGUUGUGAUUCUCCAGACUAUUGAGCUGAUUGUGGGCUGCAGGAUAGAGGAGAUCAGUUACCCAAAGAUAAAAAGUAUCAUCUCCCUGGCCUCAGAUGAAAUGACACGAUCAAAGGAGGUCAUCCCUGAUUGGCAGCAGGCAGCCAGUAAUAUCUUGGUUGCUGUGGGUAACAAGCACAUUAAUGACAUAAUGGAGGAGAUACUGAGCAAGUUUCAGCCAGGGCUUCUACCUCACUUCUUUGUUGUCCAGACACUAGCCAACCUUUCUGAUUCCAAUGUUUAUGGCAUGGUACCUUUCCUCAAUGCUAUUCUGGGCACCAUGUUGCCCAUGUUGAGUAUGGCCAAACAGGACAACAUGAAGUGGGUCUUCUCUUCUGCUCUGUGUCAUUUCAGUGAUAGUAUCUUGGAGUACCUGGCCAACCUGGACAAGGCUCCAGAUCCCACAGUCAGAAAAGACACAUUCUCCAGUGAAAUCUGUGCUGCUUUUGAUAUCCUCUUCAAUAAUUGGUUACAAAGCAGGGAGUCUAAGUUGAGGUUAACAGUAGCUGAGGCAGUGGGCUCUAUGUGUCAUCUGAUGGCCAGCGAUAAACUGGAGGAGCAGAUUCCUAAACUCAUUCCUGCCAUCCUGUCUCUGUACAAGAAAAACACUGAGCACUAUGUCAUUAGCAAGAGUCUGUGCCAAAUGCUCGAUGCUUCCGUCAGCAUGGGCAGCAGGGUGCUCGAGACACAACUGGACAGUCUACUCUUUGCACUGCAUCAACAGGUGUCCGCCCCUGUGGAUUACAGUAACCCUCCUACUGUCAAGAACCACAACGAGGUCCUGCGCUGCUUCAGCUUACUAGCAAACUCCUUCCCAGACCGGCUGGUCAUGUUUGUUCUUCAGAAGUUGGAGAACAGUAAUGAGCGAAGCAGGAUGGGCUCCCUGGCUGUCCUUCGUCACCUAAUCAACUCCAGCACUUCCACAAUGGAGAGUAAGAAGCUGCUGAUUCUGGCCAGCAUCAGACAACCAAUGGCUGACCACGGCAACAAGGUCAAGAAGCACGUGGUCCAGGUGAUCAGUGCAAUGGCUCAUCACGGCUACCUGGAGUUAGAGGGGGGGGAGCUACUGGUUCGAUUCAUCGUUCAACACUGUGCCUUACCUGACACGUAUCGGCGAGUCCAGAAGCCCACAGAUCCAGAGGAGGUGACUAACGAGGCACUGAGGACGAUGUGUGACAACACCCUUCAUCUCCUCACCACCACUGUUGGACGACUAGCUGAUGUGCUAUGGCCCAAGCUGCUGUACUAUCUGACUCCUUCACAGUACAGCAAUGCCACCACUCCUCUGUGUAAGAGUCUGAUAGUGCUGGGCAACAAGAAGAAAAAUAACCAGGAGCCCAGCUUUAACAUAGACUUUACACAGGAAGUCAAUCUGCCCUCUCCUCAAACACUAAUGGUCAGACUGCUGGUAAAUGCAGCGUUCCCGUUCAGUAGCAGAGGUCAUGGAGCUCCGUCCCUCUCUCUCCUUCUAAUCCUCAGCGUCAACAUCCACCCCAAUACAGAGAUAAUCUGGGAGAAAGAGAUACCUCCUCUGCUUUCGAUGCUAGAGGAGUCAACGGCAGAGACCCUGGAUAAGAAGCACUGGGAUGAAAAGUUGUUGAAGCUCUUGUCUAAAACACUGGCAACUAUUGAUGAUGACAAGUGGGUGUGUCAGUUGGCAGUUGAGGCAACAACAUACCUCUCCACAUAUAGCAACGCCUUAGAGGAGAAGAGUUUCCUGUAUCGAUGUGUAGGAGUGACUCUCCAACAGUGUUUCAAUAAGGAGUUGGUUAAGAAACAGCUGCAGGAAAUCCUCCUCACAGCACGACACAACGAUGCCGUUGAAAGAGAGGGAGUUGCAAUGAGCGUUGGUCUGUGUGCCAACAGCCACUUGGAGGGAACUCUGGCCAAGCUGGAAGAGUUCGGCAAGUCAGACGCCUUCAAGAAGUCACCAAGCAUCUUCAACCUUCUCAAAGAACGCAAUGAUGUUGAGGUGGAGAAGGUGAAAAGCACAUUGAUCUUAUGUUAUGGUCAAGUGGCUCUAAACGCACCAUCAGAAAAGAUACUGACCCGCAUUGAUCAAGACAUCCUUCGCUGCAUCAGUAAACACUUCAAUACCAAGGUUCUGGGGAUUAAAGUAGAGACAAAGGACCUGACUAUGAAACUCAGUUUGAUUCAGAGUGUUGGGCUCAUAGCCAGAGCCAUCAGUGAGUGUGUGAAGAAACAAGGCUUCAUCUUCUCUCGCAAACAGGAGCUCAUUACUCUUAUGCUGGAUUUCAUCAAGGCAGAAGCCGCUGAUUCAUUGAGGACUCCAGUACGCCAUCUUGUGAUGACCACCUGUGCUAACCUAACGCCUCUGGAACCUGCGCUGAGUGAGAAUGAGAGCUUUGACUUGCUAAAGGUGUGUGUGAACAGUGUGUUCUCUCUGCCUCCUGAGACACACUCUCCAGAGAAAACAAAAGAAGAGGAAACACUGGACCCCAAGCAGAGAAAGGCAUUAUACAAAGACACAAUGGCUGCACUGCAGGAUCUGCUGAAAAGUGUGCUGGCCAAGGAUCCCACACCUGAUGGCCUGCAGAGUGUCUUCAAGCACAUUGAAUCAUGGUUGAGCUCUGGACAGGACCAUGAAAGAGAGAGAGCUGUCACAGCUACUGCUCAUAUGCUGACUUACUACCUGGACAACCUUACUGUCAAGAACAUGGUGUCUUUCCAUAACCUUGGAGCUCUGCUGGGUCGACUGACUCCACGAUGUUCUGACCCUCACCCUACUGUACGCACUGCAGCCGUGGACUGUAUAUACUCACUGCUUUACAUACAGCUACGCUAUGAAGGUUUCGCCCUAAAUUAUAAGGAUGAAGGUGUGGACAGUCUGUUGCUCCUAAAAGAACGACUAGAUAACCCUGACCACACUGUUCUCUACAAGACCUGCUCUGAACUUACUAAGGUGAUGAGUAAGCGUCUGCCUCAGCAACAGCUGGCAACGUUGGUGUUCAUGUUGUUUGAAGGGCUGGUGGACAGUCAGACAAACUGCUGCAGAGCCUCAUCUGUCAUCCUAAAUACUCUGCUGAAGAACAGAGGAGGAGGACUACAAGAGCUGGUCCCAGAGAUGCUGGAGGUGCUACAUGUGCGAAUGCAGAGCAUAACAGAGGAGCAGGUGAGAGUGGCAGUGGGACAGACGGUACUAAUCCUGGCUUCUCAGCAUCUACAGACUGUUAUCAAUACACUAGUUAACCAACCACUUCCUUAUGAUAGCUGGACCAGUGAGAUGUGGAUGGCCUUAGGAGCAGACGCCAUCGUAGCCAAUCAGAUCAUUGAGAUGGUGAUAGAGAAGCUUCUCAUCAUGGCGCCCUACGUAGACCAGAGGGAGUCAAUGAUCAGAGGAGGGACAACGAAGGUGGCCACCAAUCAGCCACUGGCUAUGACAUGGGGUCUAAAAGAACUGUUAUUAAAUGGCCAGAGUCAGGAGCCGGCAGUCAGUCUGUUUCCUCAGCUCUUCUCCUGUCUCACUGUCAGACUGGGAGCAAGUGUCGGGGUCUCAGCACCAAAGGACAACAGCAAUAAACACACUGCCGCUGUCCAUGUAGCAGGGGUAGCAGCUGAAGCUCUGCGAAUCUUGUUAGCACGGGCCAAGUUAGAUGAGGUGAUUAAAAGAAUGGAUGAAGAUAAAGCCUGGGAUGCAAUGAAGGAAGCGAAUACACACGUUAGUGGAAUUACGCUACUGGCAAGGGCCAUGGCUAAGCAUGCUGGUCCCAGGUUGCCUGCCAUUGUGGAGUGUAUGUGUCCGUCCUUGAACAACAUCUACGAAUGCCAGAGAAUCACCGUCACUGCUUUCUUUUCUGAGCUCUUAAACCAUCAUGUGGUGACGGAGCUGAUGUUGAUAGAUGUGCUAAUGAACAACAUGAUGGAGAGGAUAUCAGAUCCCUGUUGCACUGUCCGCAUGUUGGCUGUGCGGGGGUUGGGCAAUAUAGCCGUGGGAUCACCUGAAAAGGUGAAUAAAUAUGCCAAGGAGCUGCUGGCAGCCAUGAGUUCAGGCAUGGAGGAGAAAGAAGAUCCAGGUAAGCUGAUAGCCCUUGAAGCCAUGUCAGGACUUUCCAAAGUUCUCCUUUAUCUGGACAAGAAGAACGUCCACUUAUUAGUGGUCUAUAUCUUCAUGAAGAUUAAACCAUUCUUGGAAAGUGAGAAUGAUGAGAUCCGCUGUGCUUCCAUCCUUCUGAUGGGGAACCUGUCCAAGUUUGGCUCAGGAGAGCCAGUGUUCAAAGACCAGAUCCACAAUGUUCUGGUCAGUCUGCUCUUACACCUGGUUGACCCAAACCCACAGGUGGUCAAGGCGUGCAAGUAUUCAAUGCGAGUGUGUGCUCCUGUGGUGGGAUCGGAGCAGAUCACAGCCAUGUUUCAGAACCACCUCCUCGAUGACAAGAGCUUGCACUACGGAGAGUUCAUCAAUGACCUCACCAAGUACCUGAUUCAGGACUUUCCAGGCAUGCUGAACUUCUAUCACAUCUCAGUCAUCCAGUUCUUCAAGAGCCACUGGGCUGAAGUCAGAGCAGGAGCCGCCAUGUUUAUAGGGUUUCUGUUGGGGAAUCUUCCGGAGGAGCAUUUCUCCCACCUCAACAUGGGCACCAUCACUAAAGGUUUAGUGAUGCUGCUCCAAGAUCCAGAUCCUGUGGUGAGAGUGAAGGCUGCUGAGGCCAUGGGACGUUUCCACUGACAGACACAAAGACAAAGCCCUCAUACACAUCUAUAUCUCCUUUAGACACGUAGAGAAAAUGAAUAUUUAUAAUAUGGCCCGCAAUUAAAAACAAAACAAAAAAAACAUCUAGAGCCCACCAUUUAAAUGUGCAAACAUUAGAAUUGCACUUAAACAACACAACUACAACCUCCAUUUAUACCAAAACAUGGACCAAAGCAGACUCAAAUGUGGCGCCAGGAGCCAAACUGUCAGAUUUAUCCAAUGUUAUCAUAGGAAAUGAACACUGAUAAUACUUAUUUAAUCGCACAAAUGCACAUAUAUUUAGCUUUUUUAAGCUUCUUUUGACACUUAACUAUGGUACUUAGAGGAAAUGUUAGUUCUUAGCUAUAUUUUAGUGACCAAAGACUGUGUAGCUCUGUACAGAUAGACGUCUGCAGUUUUGAGCGUUCCGUUAGAGUGACAACACCAGAGUUAUACUGUGUUCUGUCAAUGAAAUGCAUCAAGACAUUUCUAAUCUAAAGGUGUUUUUUUUUUAGAAUGAAUAUAGUUUCUUCAAAUAUUAUGUGAAGAAGUUAACAGUGAGGCACAUUUAAAGUGCAUGACAACCGUUCCGCAUGACUUGUAGCUGAAGUGUGUGUGUAGUCAUGCCAACAGUUCAUGAUGGUGUUGUUUGUGGAUGCGUGGAUGCGUGCAUGCGUGCGUGCGUGCGCUGGACAAAGCGAUGAGACCAUCCCUUUUUCUUUCAGUUGCAGCGCACGCACACCUUGCUGAUUUUGUCCAAUCAGCCAGCAAUAACCAGUCUGCAACCACUUAGACUUUUUACUUUUAUAACCAACCUCUAACAGCAGGACUUGUGCUUUGGACAGUAGCUCACAUGUGAACUGGCUUGUUCAGAACAGAGUAAAGACAGUUAAACCAUCCACUAAGUUUUUCUUUUUUAAUCCCAUGGAUAAAUUGGUGCGAAACUCACCUCUGUUUCUAAGCCAUCAUGCCACCUCUAAAUGUCCACACUGGACACUUCCUGGUGUAACUAUAAUUUCUUUCUUUGACCACUGUCAGUUUAAUCUGCACACAGUUCAAGAUUCAAUUUCACAUUAUGGGUCACAUGAGCAUUGUAUGUUUAUGACCAUUUAUGACUACAGUGACGUUGCCAGGCAGCCAUCGUAAACACACCAGCCAAAUGACCCUGUUUUUUAAGUCCUCACCAUUUAAUGCAUUUCUGAGAAGGGUUCACAUUAUUUAGUGUUUUUAGUCAGGCUGAAAUUACAGACCAACUGAAGCAGCCAGUUCCAGCCAGUCAAACCUUUACUGUUGUGUUGUUAGGAAGAACAGACCAGUGGAGCCAUGCUGGAAACAGUGCCAAAUGUUCGUUGAUCAUAUAAUAGCACCAUAGAGAUGCUGUGAAUGAUUUUCUCUUUUUCUCACUUUAAAUUUCAUUCCAUUCAAUGUUUGAGUUUGGACAGUUUUAAGCGACAGCUGUUUGUUUGCAGGACUCUUACUAUUAUGUAAAUAUAUGUAUGAGUGUGUGUAUGUAAGGAUGUAUGUACAUGUGCAUGUUAUGUCUCCAAAUGCCAACAAGGGAGGAUGCAAAAUAAUCCAUUAUUCAUCUUAAUUUAAAUUCAUCUGGUGACCAAACAUGUCUAAUACAGAGUCAGGUAAAAGCAAAUUUUGUUCUGGAAUAAAUGGUUAUAUGUUCUGUAUAUGUCUACCUUAAAUAUUUCUGUUGCACUUUUAAGCUCCGGUAUUUAGUCCCUGGUUUUAAGAACUGAAAGGCAAUUAAGGAGAUGAACCAGUUUUGUUUUUUCAAUCUUUCACAAGACACAAAUCACAUGUGUAGAACCUUUGGCAACACUUUACUAGAAGGUACUUACACAAGAGUGUCAUGACGCUGUCAUGAACACAGUCAUGACAAGUUAGGGUGUCAUGACUGUGUUCAAAACCAAAUGAUACUUACUAAAAGAAGCGUUAUGUCAUAAAUAGUUGUGACUUGUGUAUGUUUUAUGACAUGUUUAUGACAGGGUCAUGUCACUUUUAUGCAGAUACCUUCAAGCAAAGUGUAACCAAACAUUUUUGUCUUUGCCUAUAGAUAACCAAAAACUGCUAUAUAAUUAUUUUUUUUUGCUUCUUUCAACAAACAGAUGUUUUCCUUAAUGUUAGAAUUUCUGGGUGUAAAAGAAAACACCAUUCAUGCUGUAAGUGUCUCAAUCAAAUUAAACAUGCUGCUCCUGGAUCUGUAUCCGAUUUAUUAGAUGUCUACAAACAGGGACUCGUGGCUUCUUGCACUUUCUAACACUAUGGCUUGGUUUAGGGUGAAUGGGAAUUAGAAAUGCGUUUUUUAAGCUGUUGGGAGUUUUAUACCACAGAUGUGAUUUUGUUCAUGUCAUCUACUUGUUUUUUUAACAUGUUGAGGGGUAUGUCCCAGUAUGUAUGACAUACAUGGCUCCAUGUGGGAAUGUGUGCGUGUCCCUUUUCAUUUGUUACUGGACCAGAAGAGAGAAUGGAUGAUGGCAGUCAAUUGUAUUUAAAAUGAAGAAAUAAACAGAUCCAUCAAAAAUAUAA